AUGCAUCGUUCUCGGGCUGCCGCUCGGUCUUCGAGCAAGGCGCCUUCGGAGUCUUCUACAUCGAGCUCUCCUGAGCGCGCCGCCGACGAUGAUACUGAUUUCUUUGCUCAGGCAAACGACUCGCAGUCUUCUAUUGGGGUAGGGACGUUUCGUGAACAAAUAGGAAGCAAUGAGCCGGAUAUCAUUAUUCCCCCGAUCGGGCGACUGCCCCCGGAAAUCCUUAUAUCGGUAUUCUCGAAGCUUAGCUCGCCUUCGGAUAUGCUACACUGUAUGCUGGUUUCUCGAAAAUGGGCGGCCAACUGUGUUGGUAUCCUGUGGCAUCGACCAUCGUGCAAUCGGACCGAGAACCUUCGAAGUGUCGUGACAUCCGUGGGCAAAAGCGAGAGUUUCUUUCCAUACUCCGAACUUAUCAGACGCCUGAAUUUGGCCAGCUUGGCUUCCAAGAUUACAGAUGGCGAACUUUCUGCAUUUACACAGUGCAAACGUAUUGAACGUUUGACCUUGACAAAUUGUUCCAAGCUGACGGACAAGGGCGUAUCGGAUCUGGUGGAGGGAAAUCGGCACCUGCAAGCUUUGGAUGUUUCAGAGCUUCAUGCGCUGACGGAUAAUUUCUUGUACACCGUGGCCAAAAAUUGUCCACGCUUACAAGGGUUGAACAUCACUGGUUGUUCACAAAUAACAGAUGAGUCUCUGGUGGUGAUAUCACAGGCGUGCAGGCAUCUCAAGAGAUUAAAAUUAAACGGUGUGAACCGAGUUACGGACAGGUCCAUUCUGUCCUAUGCAGAAAACUGUCCGUCAAUAUUGGAGAUUGAUUUGCAUGACUGUAAACAAGUCACUAGUCGAUCUGUGACAGCUCUGCUGUCUACUUUGCGUAAUAUGCGAGAAUUACGCUUAGCCCAAUGUGUUGAAAUUGACGAUUCCUCCUUUCUUCGACUUCCUCCACAUUCUUUGUUCGAGAGCCUUCGCGCCUUGGAUCUCACUGCUUGUGAGCAGAUUAGAGAUGACGCUAUUGAACGCAUCACAGAUGCAGCUCCCCGGUUACGACAUCUUGUCCUCAACAAAUGUAGAUUCAUCACCGACCGUGCCGUGUUGGCUAUCUGCAAGUUGGGCAAAAAUCUACAUCUGGUGCACCUCGGCCACUGUUCCAACAUUACUGACGCGGCAGUCUCCCAGCUCGUGAAGUCUUGCAAUCGCAUCCGCUACAUCGAUUUGGCCUGCUGUAAUCUACUCACAGAUGCCAGUGUCCAACAACUAGCAACGCUACCAAAGUUGAAGCGGAUCGGUUUGGUCAAGUGUCAAGCAAUUACGGACUGGAGUAUAUUGGCCCUUGCUCGUUCAAGAGCUCUCCCACACUCUGUUAGCCCAAGCUGUUUAGAAAGGGUACACCUGAGUUAUUGUGUGAAUCUGACUAUGGAGGGAAUUCAUGCAUUGCUUAACUUUUGCCCGCGCCUGACUCAUCUCAGUUUGACUGGAGUUCAAGCGUUCUUACACGAAGAUCUCACUGCAUUCUGUCGUGAUGCUCCCCCAGAAUUUACUCAACAACAACGCGAAGUCUUUUGCGUAUUUAGCGGCGAGGGUGUCAUGAGAUUACGUGAUUAUCUGAAUAGGAAUGUCGGACCCUUCCCUUCGGAAACCGAAGCUACGAUGUACGAUGACGAAGACGAGCUAGACGAGGAAGAGAACCAAGUCACUGGAUUGAUGAGCGCAGCAGCCAUUCGCGAUGACGAUGACGACCACAUGGGUGAAAGUGUUAUUGAAGUUGGACCAUCCACUGGCUGA